AUGACAUUUAUUUCGUACUUAAUCUAGUUUUGCAGAGACUUCCUGAAAGAAUGGUUUGACAUUUUAUAGCAGCUAGUCUACAUUUGCACUACUAUUAUUGUAAUCUCAGUCGUCUCCCUCAGUAUAAUAGACGGUCGCAUCUACAAUGAAUUUGCCAGAGUAUUCGAAGACUAAUUCCCCAUUUUCUUUCUGAUAAUCACAGCCAUGCUUUACAAAGUCUAUGAAUAAUACCAAAAGAAGAUUAAGAGAGGAGUUUAAAGUCAGGAUUAUGACGAGAGUGAAAGUGAGUAUGUGAGAUAAUACAUCUAUGAGAUCACACCUACAAAGAGAUUUAAGAGUGAGGGUAGAAUGAGAGGCAUGUGCAGGGAAAUCAUGAGUAUAUUAGGGAUUCAUGACUCUGAUGAAAAGAAACUAAUCAAGGAAACUCUUAAAAGUAAGGCUAGAGUCAACAACACCUAUAUCAGAAGAUCCCUAUUUAAGGAUUAUGAUGAGAUAUAAUAAAUUAUUACCACUCCUGAGAAGUAGAGAAAGUAAUAUUGA